AAAACAAAAUGCUUGAUAAUAGUGUUGCAAUUGCUUGGAGUAAUCUAACAGUUAGUAGUAGUAGUAGUAGUAGUAGACUGUGGACAGGAUUAACGGGAUUACCUGCAAAUCGGGUAAUACUACGUGAACUAUGCGGUCAAAUUAGUUUCGGUCAGCUAACCGGGCUGAUGGGUGCCUCGGGAUCGGGUAAGACAACACUAUUGAAUUGUUUGAUGAAUAUCGGGACCAACGAUAGCUACCGAAUCAGUGACCAGUCCCUAGUGUAUUGUACCCGUGAUCGGCCAAUUGUCCGACGAUUUGUUUGUCUAAACCAUAUGAUUGGUGGACAACAACAACAACUACUACUUAACGAUGAACUAACAGUAGGAGAAGCGCUCAUGUAUUCAUCGAAAGUUAAUAAUAGUUUAUUAUUAACAACUACUGGAUGUGUUGUUAAUCAUAAAAAACUGGUCCAUAAACUGAUGACCGAACUAUUGAUCAAUGAUAUCGAUGACCAGCGUAUCGGCGACUGUAGUGGUGGCCAACGUAAACGUAUAGCUAUCGGACUACAGUUGACUUCGGUAGUGAUGCCAAACCUUGUUUGUAUGGAUGAGCCGACAACCGGUCUCGACUCGACCGCAGCACUAGAGUUAAUCAAAUGUCUGAAACAGUUAGCAAAUAGACAUAACAUAGCACUGGUAGUCAGCAUUCAUCAGCCAAACCAGGAACUACUGAAACUGUUUGAUAGUUGCUAUGUAUUGGCCAAAAGUGGUCAAUGUAUCUAUGAUGACAGUCCCCGGCAAUUGAGGAACUGGUUGACCACAACUACCACCACAACCAGCACUGGUAUUAAAUUACGUAAAACUGAUGUACCGAUUGAAGUAUUGAUGAAAUUGUCGUCACAAGAAUCGGGUGAUAGUAGUGAUGGUCAGCGACUAUCGGAUAGAUUGAGACAAACAAAUCGAAAACAAUUGGCUAUUAGAAAAUGUUUGACUACUAAUCUAAUACAGGAAAACCAAUUUAUAGGAUACAAUAGUCAAUUGAAACCAUUUAGUUUUGAUGAUCUAUGGGUAAUAACUGGUCGAUCCUUGAAAUGUACAUUUGGUAGCAAUAGAUAUACUGAUCAUCGAUGGCUACUUGAGCUAACCAUGUUUACUGUGUUUCAAUUGUUUGUCCGUUUGUUUAUAACUGAUCAGUCAUUGAUGAGUACCGGGUGUUUUGAUCCGGAUCUGUAUACGGGCACCUGUAUGCAAUGGGUUGACGAUAGUUUUCUAUUGGGUAUGAGCGUCAAUCAUCUGGUAUUGAAUUAUUAUUUUGCAUAUUCAAUGCAUUCAGUUAUUAUUGUCAAUAGGUUUGCCGAUAAUAUACAUCUAUUAUUAGAUGAAUAUAGAAAUUAUUUCAAUCGUAGCCUAUGGCUUAUGUAUGUCAUACUCAUAACAAUGUUAAUCAAUCAAUUGUUGGCAACAUUAGUCGGUACACUAGUUGGCCAAAAAUCUAAACUACUGGCCUAUAUGUCGGUAACAUCACUGAUGUUUCUGAUGAAACCGUAUGCAAAUUUUUUCAUACGACUAUCCCAUAUGAAACCCAUGUUGCAAUUGGUUAGCCAACUAACCUAUUUUAAGCUAGUAUUCAAUUUGUUGCUUAUCAUACUAUAUGGUGGUAGCGGUAGGUGUGGGCGGCAAACAUCAAAUAAGACAACAUCAACAAUAAAAUCAUUGAUUUUAAAUGAUUAUGACCUCAUGGAUGAUGACAACCAGUUUAGGCAACUAUUAGUUCAGACACAUAUCUAUUGGCUAACUGUCCUAAUGAUUGUUUGCAAAUCAUUGAAAAUAUUGGACAAUAUUACGGGUAGUUUUACUAAACAAUCGUUGAACGCAAUUAUGGGACCGUCGGGAUCGGGUAAGACAACACUAUUGCGUUGUCUGAAUAAUAGUGGCCAUCAAAUCAAUGGUCAAUCAAUAGCCGAUAAUGUUGUCUAUUAUUCCCGAAAUAUUAGUCAAACAUGUUUUAUCAGUCAAAAUAUCGGCGAUCAUCUACUGUCGGGUUUAACUAUCAAACAGACACUACUGUAUGCAUCGAAAUUGAAAAACAGUGGCCAACAACAGCAGCCGAUAGAUCACCAAUCAAUUGUCGCCAAUCUUAUCGGUCAAUUGCUUAUCGGUAACGAUAUUGCCGACGGCCAAACUAGUGUCGACCAGUGUAGUGGCGGUGAAUUGAAACGCCUGGUUAUAGCCAGCGAACUGACUGGCCAUCGAAAACCUGAACUCAUGUUCAUUGACGAACCGACAUCCGGUUUGGACAGUUGUUCAGCACUUGCGGUCAUCCAGUGUCUGAAACGGUUGACCCAAUCCUACAGUAAUAUGACAAUCGUUGUCACCAUUCAUCAGCCAAACCAAGAACUGAUGCAAUUGUUUGAUUCAGUCUAUGUGUUGGCCAGUAGUGGGGGUCGACCUAUAUAUCAGGGAUGUCCCCGACAAUUGAAACAGUCGGUGAGCGAGACAACCAAUAGACAUAUCAGGGCCAGUGAUGUACCCAUUGAAUGGCUAUUGAAAGUUGCAACGGCUUCGGGCGGCGAUUCGGUGGGCAACCAAUUGGUCGACAAAUUAGUAGCCAAACAACGCCGGGAUAACCGAUUACUCGGGGAUCAGAUGAUCGGCGACCAAUCAAUGAUACCGACGAUUCAUGGUCAGAAAUUUUUGGCCAACAAAAAACAAUGGUUUUCCGCUACCGAUUUCCAAACAUUACUUAGCCGUCAAUUACAAUCAAACUACUAUUGUUGGCCAAACUGUCUGAUAAACAUACUGUCCGCGACAUUCAUACUGCCAUUAGCCCUGAUAAUCAUCUAUCAUUAUAAUAUGGAUAUCGUACUAAAUAAAACUGAUUGUUGUUACGAUAGGCAAUUGUUGGACCAAUUAGUUGGCCGAUUGUGUAUAGUUGCCGAUACUAAUACCCGGCACCGACAGCGUACUGAGCUAUCACUUAAACAAGCUAUUACCCUAAAUGUUUUAUGGCUUAUUAUUAUCAAUAUGUCGACAGCCCUGUUAACUGUAUUGAAAUAUUAUCGGGAAAUUAAGCUGACAAUUACCGAACAUCAAAACGGUUGGUAUAGCCCGGGCAUCUACUACUGGGUAUCAACUAUUGUCGAACUAAUACCACUGAGCCUAUCGUUGGCCAUCUAUGUCUAUCUGGUCGACUAUCAUCAAUCAUGGCAAUCGUUUAUCAUCUACUAUACUGUCUACAUGUUGAACAUACUGUGCACCCAAUGUCUGGCCAAACUAGUCAGCUGUCUAUUAUACAACAACACCACUAUCAACAAUAGCACCAACACUAUGAUAGCCAGUCUAAUCAUAUUAUUUCAGCUGAUAUUAAUAGUAACACUAUUUUUCAAUUCACGACCCCAGGAUCUACAUUGGUUACCCCAGUCAAUAGCCCGGAUCAGUUAUAUGAAAUAUACAUUUGAUUGCCUAUUGAUUCAGCUGUAUGGUUGGACCAGAUGCCUACCAUUGCCAGGUACGGUACCAAUGGUACUCAAGUUAUACAAGAUUGAUGAGUCUAGUUAUUGGCCAAAUAUGGGCCAUACAUUGGGUUUGGUAGUUGGCCUACAAUUGUUGACAAUGACCAUGGUUAUCUAUAAAAUUAAAUCAUCAUCGUAG